UGGUGGGUAUACUGGUACUUGUAAUAGUAACUAUCAGAGUAGCUACAAAUACCAUAAAUAAUACGACGGGUUUGACCCGUAAAAAAUUUGUUAGAAGAGGAUUGAAAUUGAAAUUGAAAUAUUAGGGACCAAAUAAUGUUUUUUUUUUUUUUUUUUUAACCAAAUAUUAGGGACCUAAUAUUGUUGAUGACAAACUAGCUACCUUCGUUUUCUCUUCUGGUAGUAGUUGGAGAGUAGUCGAAGAUUAUUUAUUAACAUCUCAUUAAUUAAAAUACCUUAUAUUCCUCCUACUUUCUCUCUCUUACAACUAGUUUAAUUAAUUUUACUCAUUAAUCAUACUACGACUAUACUCUACUAGAAAGAGUAUACUACUCAAAAUCUUGCAUUCAAAUAGCAAGCCUAAUUUCACACUUUUUUCUUCCUCCAAAGUCCAACCCCCACCAUUUUUUUUCACAAUUUUUUUUUUUUAAAAAAGUCAAGAAUUAUGGUAAAAAUACUGAUGUUAUUGUAAGGUGGGUGAUCCCCAGCUGUAAUAAUAUCUUCAGUUAUGCAUUGCUACCCCUUUUUUCUGGGGUUGUAGUUGAUUUAAGAGAGAGAAAGUUCAGUUUUUUGAAACCCUCUUCUUCUUGUUUGCAUCUGCAGUGAAAUUUAGGGGAAAAUAAAAGUUGGGUUGGUUUAGUUGAGGUCCAAUUGUUUGUCUUUAUUAUCUGGGGUUGGAUCAGAUUUGUACUUUGAAGCUUAAAUUAUACUCGAUCUGUUAUUAUAUUUCUGGGAUUUUGUUUUUGGUAAAAAAAGAUAGCAAAUUUAUUGUUUUUACAGAUUUUAUGAAAUUUGUGCUCCUGAAUUCUGGAUAUGGAACGAGGUGCUGAAGAAUCGCCAAAUGCGCCGAGGGGAUUUCGUCUUCAAGCUCCCCUGGUUGACUCUGUGUCAUGCUACUGCAAGGUAGAUGCAAGUUUAAAAACGGUUGUAGGUGCAAGGAGAUUUGUUCCUGGAUCAAAGAUCUGUAUCCAGCCAGAUAUAAAUCCUCGUGCCCAUAAGACAAAAAACUCUCGCAGGGAGAGGACCCGUAUACAGCCACCUCUCUUGCCUGGCCUCCCUGAUGACCUUGCCAUUGCUUGUCUUAUCCGAGUCCCCCGAGUAGAACACCGAAAGCUCCGCCUAGUUUGCAAAAGAUGGCACCGACUCCUCUCUGGAAACUACUACUAUUCUCUCAGGAAAAACCUGGGUAUGGCAGAAGAGUGGGUAUAUGUCAUGAAGAGGGACCGUGAUGGAAAGAUUUCAUGGCAUGCUUUUGAUCCAACUUAUCAGGUAUGGCUACCACUUCCGCCUGUUCCUGUAGAGUAUUCUGAAGCCAGAGGGUUUGGAUGUGCUGUUCUAAGUGGUUGCCACCUGUACUUAUUUGGAGGUGAAGAUCCGCUCAGGGGUUCCAUGAGACGUGUUGUCUUUUAUAGCGCAAGGACAAAUAAAUGGCACCCAGCACCAAGCAUGCUUAGGAGGCGCCAUUGCUUUGGCUCUUGUGUAAUUGAUAACUGCCUUUAUGUGGCUGGUGGUGAAUGUGAAGGAAUCCAACGGGCUCUCCGUUCAGCAGAGGUGUAUGACCCAAAUAGGAACAGGUGGAGUUCCAUCACAGACAUGAGCACAGGGAUGGUCCCUUUCAUCGGGGUGGUGUACAAUGGAAAGUGGUACUUAAAGGGACUAGGCUCUCAUCGCCAGGUCAUGAGUGAAUCCUAUGAUCCUGAGAAUAGCUGCUGGAACCCUGUGAAUGAUGGGAUGGUUUCAAGUUGGAGAAAUCCGAGCACCACCAUGAAUGGCCAGCUUUAUUCUAUAGAUUGUAGGGACGGAUGCAAGCUUAGAGUCUAUGACGAGGCAGCUGAUUCAUGGAUCAAAUUUAUUGAUAGUAAACUCCACCUUGGGAGUUCUCGGGCUUUAGAGGCUGCUGCACUCAUUCCUCUUAAUGGUAAGCUUUGCAUUAUCCGAAAUAACAUGAGUAUCAGUCUGGUUGAUGUCUCAAGCCCUGAUAAACAUGUGGAGAGUAAUCCUCAUCUGUGGGAGAAUGUUGGUGGGAAAGGUCAUUUUAGGACGAUGGUCACUAAUAUAUUGUCGAGCAUAGCAGGCCGCAGUGGUUUAAAGAGUCAUAUUGUGCAUUGCCAGGUGCUUCAAGCAUGAGAAUAUAUGGAUGACUUGCAUACCUCGCUUCUGGUAUUAGAAUUCAUUCACUUUAUGGUGUUAUAGAUUCUAUUGUCAAAUUCAUUCGAGGUUCUUUCUGCUUAAGAACCCAAUUUUUUGCUGCUCAUCCUAUCAGAAGGGCUGUUUCAUUGCUUUUGUCUUCUGUGAGACUGUGACAUAUAGCUUACCUUCGCAUUGUAUAUUUUGUUCCAAAUUGUGAAGAGAAAUUUUGCAACCGGCCAUAUCUGAAGAAAGCAGAACGGCACCCCAAAAGUAAGCAAAAGCUCGCCUUUUUUCCAGCUAGUGUUUCAUGUCUUCCUCUGUGGAGUAUUGACUUUGCAGCUCAUUGAAUUAUCAGUUCUAUUUGUUGAGGUAGUUGCUGGUUUCAAAUGGAUAUGUAAAUCUUAAUCCUGUAGGCUGAAAUCUGCAGUUUGCAGAAUUCUUAAGACUUUGGUCUUUGUAGUAGUACAUUAAAAAACAAACAAAAAAUCCAUGCAGUGAUUCUGCAGAUGCUUUUGUGAAUAUCAUGUUGAAUUGCUUAAAACUGGUCUCUUCUUUUAAACAUUGUCAUGAUAAAUAAUACAUGCAUAGUCUAUAUUCUUCCAA